GGCAAUGAAAGUAAUAGUGAAUCCAUUGAUACAGGAUCAGAUAUUGAUCCUGACAAUUAUGAAUAUUAUGAUAACCAUAAUAGAGAUAUUGAUUUUCUAAUAGAAGACUACAUAGAUUUAAAUGAUUCUUUAUUUAAUUAUGAAGGUAGUAACAAAAAUGAAAUUGAUAUAAGUGUAAAGGAAUUUACCAGGGUUGGUAGCGUAAAGGUGUUAAAAACCUAA